UAGUAUCGGCUUCUUGCGUUGACAUCUUUAACAUUGAAUGAUUGAACCCAUUUAUCUACCAUUCCUUAUGCAAUCAACAACACAAUUGAAAGAAACAGGAAGGAAAAGAUUCAUCUUCCAUCAAUAGAGCUAUGGAGAGCAAAAAUGAAUCAUCAACUGCAGGAAAAAUUAUAAGAUGCAAAGCUGCUAUUGGGAGAAAACCUGGAGAACCACUCUCCAUAGAGGAAAUUGAAGUUGACCCUCCAAAAGCUGGGGAGGUUCGAAUCAAGAUUUUAUGCACAUCCGUCUGCCACACUGAUAUUGCCUUCUGGAAAUUUACUACAGGGCCUGCUGCAAAAUUUCCCAUAAUUUAUGGGCAUGAAGCCGUUGGUCUUGUGGAGAGUAUAGGAGAAUAUGUAGAAGAAGUGAGGGAAGGGGACUUGGUUGUUCCUGUGUUUCGAGCAAACUGCGGAGAAUGUGGAGAAUGUAAGUCAACAAAAAGCAACACUUGCUCAAAAUCUGGUAUCCCCCAAGGAUUCAUGCCAAGGGAUGGAACAAGCAGGUUUAGGGACAAGAAUGGUGAGGCUGUGUAUAGCUUUCUCUUUGUGUCCAGCUUCACCGAAUACACAGUAGUAGACAUCGUGCACGUCGUCAAAUUAAAUCACGAAAUGCCAGUCGAUAAGGCCUGCCUUCUCAGCUGUGGAGUGUCAACCGGGUUUGGAGCAGCAUACAAGUUGGCAGCAGUGGAAGAGGGCUCCACUGUCGCAAUCUUUGGCCUUGGGGUUGUUGGGCUUGCGGUUGCAGAGGGAGCGAGGUUAUGCAAAGCUUCAAAGAUAAUAGGCAUUGAUAUAAAUGAAGAAAAAUUUGAGCUAGGGAAAAAAUUCGGAGUCACUGAUUUCAUCAACCCUGGAGCGUUGGGUGACAAAACAGUCAGCCAGGUUAUUAAGGAGAUGACAGCUGGGGGUGCCGACUAUUGCUUUGAGUGCAUUGGUUUAGCAUCUGUAAUAGAAGAAGCUUUCAGCAGUAGCAGAGAGGGUUGGGGUAAGACAGUGAUACUGGGAAUGGUGAUGCCUGGGACGCCAUUGUCAUUGAGCGGCUUUGAGCUUCUUAGAGGCAGAAGUGUUUGUGGGUCUUUGUUCGGAGGGUUGAAGCCCAAAACUGACCUCCCACUUCUUGCCCAGAAAUAUCUAAACAAGGAACUUCAUCUGGAUGAUUUCAUAACCCACCAAGUGAGUUUCAUUGAUAUUAACAAAGCCUUUGAGUUGCUUUUGGAAGGGAAAAGUCUCCGUUGCAUCAUAUGGAUGGACCGUUAACUCUCUCCCUUUCUCUUGCCUGUUUCCUAUAAACUCAACUUGUUUUAUGCUUGGUAAUUUCUUCUACGUUGUGAAAAGUUGAUGUAUUAUUUGCAUUUUAUUUUAAUUUUUUUGGUUGUUGCUAUUAAUUGUUAAAGGUAUAGCUGGACCUAAAUUGAACUGGUUCAGGUUCAAAAAUUGAUUUAGUUUAAUUUGAUUUAUUCAAAUUUAAA